AUGACCAAAAAAGUGACGCUGGUACCAUCCGGACGAAGGCAUCUUCAACCAAUGAAGAAGAGGAGGAGAGCCAACCGGAACUUGUUGAGGACUAAAACUAAGAACUAAAAACUUCCUAGAUGAGCAUGAGAAUAAAACUAAAAACUUCGUAGAGUGCUAUAGUAUCUAUAAGAAUGAAAUGAGGAAGAGGAAGAUGAAUGAAAAUCUGUCCUCUAACAAGGCUGCUCUAUCCCUGCUGCUCCUCACAGAUGGAGCGCUCGCUGGGUCACGCACGUCGUCAAUGUUAAGAAGAGGAUGAAAGUCUACAUGUGGGCUAUUAAAACAAGAUCACGUAUCUCAUACACUUAGAUAUUCAUAACGACGAUGACAAGUAGAGAAAGCUAACACUCAGGCUCUCAAUUGUGGAUCGGUGCGUGCAGAAGGAUUUCCUCGUGCAGCUUCUGUUGGCAGUCCUUAUUUAUUUGCGCGUACUACCCCACUUCUCGGGAACAGUGUCUCACCGAUUCCCCACCUUCCUUCUAUUAUCUUCCCCUGUAUUGCUUUCUAUAAUUAGUGCAUGACGUCCCCGUGUAUAAACAAGAUCACGUAUCUCAUACACUUAGAUAUUCAUAACUACACUGAAAGUAGAGAAAGCUAACACUCAGCCUCAAGACGAACAUGGAAUGUAGUUGUCAAGUAGGACCAAAAGAGGCCGCUUCCUUGUAUCUAUCUUCAAUGCUUGUAUCUAUCUUUAAUGCUUGUAUCUAUCUUCAAUGCUUGUAUCUAUCUUUAAUGCUUGUAUCUAUCUUCAAUGCUUGUAUCUAAUGUAGGUCUCCAAUCAUGAUUUCUUAUAUUUAGAGAUGAUUUAGCUUAAGGUGCGUGUUAGUAGAGAUACUACAUUGUUGCCUCAAGUAGCGCAUGCUGUUAAUAAGGUUAAGGGAACGGCACUAGAAAUCAGUGCAACCUAUACUUGGUUGAUAAGGAAAUACUAGAAGCGCCUGUAGCUCUACCCGCUCUAAUAUUGAUGGCUCUGGGUACUGAGGUGCAGAGUCGCACUGGCGGAGGACAAGGAGGACGCUAUACCGCACCGAGCAAAACAAAAGUCUCACCUUUAUUAGAUGAUCUAUUUUUUGGAUGCUUCGGCAAGAACACACAUCAAGAAGAACGACUACGCUCGCUCUUCUCUUCUGUAAUAUGUAUAAGUACAAGGAACUGCACGACAACUUCUACAUCUGCAUAUUGUGCAACUCUUUACAAUCAUCAUCUAUCAUUACUUCUAAAGAAUUAUGCUCCCCCAAAGGAUUGGAUUCCCCCCCACAAGAGGUCCUAUGCCCAUGGACAAGGAGGAAAGGGAAAGGCACGAGCAGCUUCCCUCAGUACGAAGAAACCAGGAGGAAGCCCAGCACCACCGUUUGCAGCAGCAAGAAAUACUAGUGUAGCAAAGCCGAAGGCAGAAGCUUCCUUCAAUAAGAAGACUGAUGGAAGAACACCAGCACAGAUGGAUGCAGCGCCUCAACUACAGAGUACGAAGAAAGAGCAAGCUCCAGUUCCCGUUAAUAUGGUGAAGCCAGUACAGCAGCAGCCCCCUCCAUCCAUGGAUUCCGAUACACGUUCGAACAAGGAAAAAGCUGAUGAUUCGGGGUUUGUUGCAGACGAUGCUGCAGCUAAGCAAGUAAUUAAGGUGAGAACAAGAAAAAGGGUGGUGCAAUCUAAGAAGUCUUGUUGUGAUGACAUGUUGCAAUAUUCACUUGAUUGAGAAAAACAAAAAGGUUUGCUUAUACGUAUUCUGAUAAGUUAAUAUAUGGAGCAACACUAAUAUGCCAAAAACAAAAAACGCUUUUUUGUACCUUAUUCGUUUCAGAAUGAAAACUUUCCAUUUUGCGACGAAUAUUGCCCAACUGAUCCCUGGGCUUUAUGUCCGUUUCUUGGCUAAAAAGCCAGUCUUCUACGUUCGCUUUUGGCAUAGUGCUACCCCAUAGCUUAAUAAGUAGUGUCUCCUAACAAGUUCUGUUUUUUCAUCUUCUAAUCAACAGCUAGAGCAAGAAGCUGUUGCUUCCCUUUCCUCGGUAGAAGAAGCCGGUAAUCCUCCUCCUUCAACACCUUCUGUUCAGGAGGAACUAGCUCCACCGUCUUCUGAUGGGAGUCCUGCUUCUAGUAGUACAGGAGAAGGAUUGCCGCCUUCCGUUGCGGAUGAUUCCGCUGUUCAGAAGGAACUAGCUCGACCACAGUCUUCUGAUCCGAGUACUGCUUCUAGUAGUACAGGAGAACAAGUAUUGCCGCCUCCCGUUGCGGAUGAUUCCGCUUCUGCUCUUAAGGCUAUUUAGAUAAUUCUUCAUCUUUGUUUUGGCGAUGGCGCAUCCUUGAAAAGUAAAAGUAUGCUUCGAGGAUGCACCAGUUGAAAGAAAAAGAUGAACUACGGAGAGCGCUAAUACCACUGCUACGCCUGCACCGCCUAUCCUCCCGCAAUCUACUCCAUUAUGGUCUCCGUUUUUUUCUCAAAAACAUCAUAGAGCCAGAGAGAGACAAAACUUCACUGACUCUCUUAUGAAGAAAAAAGAGUAUCAUGCUAGAAAUGCACUAGUUCUCGUAAAUCGUCUUCUACAUAUGCAGCGGAUCGCUUUUCCUAAGAUGGGGGGAUCCUCAUUAGGGUCGUGAGUUCUAAAAGCUGAAGAUGCUAAUGCUGAAAAUGCUGAUCUUCCAGUUGAUGACUCUCAUCAUCAUGCUGCGACGCCCAACUUCCUUGACAGUCGUGCAGGAACUCCAGAACAAGAGCCCGUCCACUCGCCUGAGGCGCCAAGGACAGCGUAUCUCAGAGGUUAAGAAUGAAUCAUAUCCAUGAUUUAGUAGAUCGAUCUGUAAAAGUUUAAAUUUGCUUUAUCACUUUUUGCUUUUUCUAGAAGAACCACAACAUGAGAUCAUUUUAUAUCAAAGACGCUAAACCAAAACCUAAACUACGACCUUUGGAAGAGUGGAUGUUCAACAGGUGGACCUACCUUAGCUUUCUGGCUCAUAUAGACCCGAGCACGAUUGGGCACACGACUACUUCUCGCUCCUUCUACUUUUUAGGAUCAUGUACUAGACUACACGUAAAUGCUUGUGUGAGAAAAAUGAGCUCACCUUCUAAUUAUGGAGCCCGGGAGCAAAGGCCCACAUGCUCGCAAAGGCGAAGGCCAAGGCCGCAUCGGACGAGGAUAUGGGUGAUGUUUUUUCUCCCCCAUAGGAGCAGGUGAUCCUGGCACGCACUCAGUAGUAGUCAGUGUGUGGUCUUCUUUAUACCUGGAGUGGGUACAUUCAUCCACUCACUCAAGCAUAUUCUUAAGAGGAAGAGCAAAAUAUUUGUUGAAGCAUUUGUUUAUUAAGGGAAAAACAAAAACUGCCAGGAUGAUCUGCAUGGGCAUCUAGAGGGGAGAAAAAAGACCAUCCAUAGGACGAGGAUUGUGUGCCUGUGGUGGAGAAGCUGCUUCCUCCUGUGGUGGCGACAGCUGCAACUGAACAGCUCCAGCUGGAACAAAAUCUAGGUAUUUCCUUCCCUAUCAUGAAGAUCACAAUGAUUAUGUUUAUGAUUGAUUUUGAUUCUAGGAUACUAGUUGAAAGACUGAUCGACUCAUCACCACAAUAAUUGAUAUUCAUUCUAGUGUAGAUGACGCAGAGGACAUUUAUUGAUGUAGUUGUACUACUUACUUUGAUUAUCUUUGCACUAGUUAGUAUCAAGUACAAGCAACCACUCUUAACGGUGAAGGAUAGUUUUUCACUGUCCCGUGCACGUGGACUAUGCUGAGUCGCUUCCCUCUUAUUCUGAGGGGAAGAAAGGGAAGCCACUCAGUCACGAAUAGCGAAAAACAGCGUUAAACGAAUAUGCUCGCUUUUUAAAACAUUUGUUUCCCAGCAUGUGUUACGCAUUUGAAGAUCAACAUCCAGCCAAGUCGCUCGGUGCUUCGCAUUUCCUGGAGUGCGUCGCUUGCUUCUUCCCUCUUGGUCUGUUGGUUCUCCGCUUGCGUUCGUCUUUCUCCUUCUGAAUGUCCUCGCUGGGUGAUGUGAUUGCGAUCAGGCUCAAGGCUCUGGGCCUUCUGGUGAUGAUCAUAGCGACCGGGAUCCUUAUGCGGAUCAUGGGAGUCCCCCACGGUGGUCGUGGGAGAUGGUCAACGAGGUCGCUGACGCCAUCAGGAUGCGAAUAGCAUGGCCGUGCGUUCUCUUUAAGUUGUGGAUGUUACUCGGCAACGCCGCCGCCAAACGUGCGCGCUGUUGGAGUGGGCCGAAGCCUUCCAGAAAUUAUGCCCCUGUCAGGCUUGUCCCUGUUGUGUUUGGUGGUGGCGUUGCCGAGUAACAAAAAACUCAAAAAAGUCCAAAACUCAUCAGAUGAAAGACGGCAAGAGCCUUUUCCGCAUGAAGGGGAGGCGAAAAAGAUGGAGGAGAAAAGCGCGCCAGUCCACACUUCUCAUUCAUUCAGUCACCCACUCACUCGCUUUUCUUUUUUUUUGGGGCCUGAGUCUAUAUUCCUCGCAGUACGAACAUUUAACUACCCCGCGAGAAUCCUGAAGCACAACGGCCAGGCAGCUAAAAAUACUAGACGACUUGCUAUCGUUUUCGCAUAUUUUUCGGAACUGAUGACGCGAAUCUAAUCGGCAGUCUGCUUAAGAUUUCCCUGAUGAAUUCUACCCACUAGUCUAGCGCAUGUCCCUGCUGAUGUAGAGCGACGGCGGCCAGGCUUUUGCUUUACUAUCUGUGGCCGGAGGCUUCUACCUGGUGCGCCUUCUAGUCGUGCUCCCCUCGCUCUGAGGUCAGCCGGUCGCUGUCUUCUGAAGGUUGCGCGCGGUGCUCCUCUUCUUCUGUUGUAGCCGUUGCUAAGGCUAUCCGCGCCCACCUAGUUUAGGGGUAUCGCACAAAAGUCCCGACAUACCUGCGGCGCCUCUGCUCGACCGUGUAGCUGAGAGGCCCUUGCCUUGUCUUCGCCGGCAGGUGGGUCCCCUGUCCGUGUGUGGUCUUCUUUUGUGGUUCUUUCUUAUGCAGGGGGGAGCGCAGUUUCUGACCUCGCCACGCAUCGACCGCGCCACGGCUCUGGUCUUGGCUGUUAGGGUCCACGCCUCUGACCCCCCACAGCACUACUGGCAGCGCAAAGGCCCGCAGUAUGCGUGUCCCCAGCUCCUUGCGGAUGCCAGCGGGUGCAGAGACUCUCGACGGCUCUCCGCUCUUCUUCUGGGCUCGCUCUAUCUUCCUUCGAGCGUCAGGCUCAUUCUCUGCUCUCCGCCUUGCGCCAGCACGCUGGUCAAGUAGGUCAAUUCUCGCCCCUGCUGCAACUGGUUCUGUGCCCUCUUGGUUGCUGAAUUCUACACAUAAUUUCGUCUUUAUGAGAUUUAUGCCAAGCCGUAGCCCGGCGCUCACGGAGUCUACCAGCCUCUGCGUAGCUCCUCGUAAGCUCUCGGCGCCCUCAGCUAGUCGCGUGAUGUCGUCGGCAUCGAUCUAAGACCUUAAAAGCGGCCUCGGUUGACCUCUCCGACCUCAGCCACCUCAGUCACCCCGCUCGACUAGCUUCGUUCGGUGCAGCUUCGCCCCUCUCUUGAGGUCUGUCUUGUCGAAAACGUAGCGGACGCACAUGCAGAAGAUAGGCGGCGAUAAGUGGCGGGCAGCCUCGCUUCGUCCUUGUUGUCGUCUCUCUUGAUUAGCUGGCAGCUGCCUCUCUUCGAACUGCGAAGCGGUGUCUCGCCGGGUAAGAGGCUGACUUGCCUCGUCUUUGUUGUCGUGUCGUCUCUCUUGAUUCGCUGACAGCUGCCUCUCUUCGAGCUGCGAGGUGGUGCCCUUUGUUUGUACAAAGCCCAGAUGCCUUCACCUCGUAGCUUUUGGGGUAUCCCAUUGCAUGCUUCGAAAGCCCUUGCGACUAGCUUCCGGGGUACGGCGUCGAAAGCUUGCGUUAAGGUUAAGUCCACCAAGCCAAGCGCUGUGGCGCGGCCGGCUGCUGCUCGCGCCUGCAGUGCAGUGCUAGCCUGAGGGCCAGCGUGUUGCCCACCGCUCUCCUGUGCGGUCUAGUAUCGCCCGUCUGUGUCUCUGAGGGAACUGCGCCCACUGGGCUGGCGAGCUUGAUGCAUAGCACUGAGUCGUGACGCGGAGACUCUUGCGAAGAAAUUGAACAAAGAAAGCGACGGGUCUCCACCCAGCUGCACUGCCAUGCUCUUUCCCCGGCUUUGGCAGUACCGCUAUGAGAGAGUGAGUCGACCUCGCCACCCUCCGGCGGUCCCUCUUGCCAAAGCUUGCGCAUCGUAUCUCUGACUUUGUCCCUGUUCUGCGCGCUCGCCAGCUCGUGGCGCUCUUUCUUCAGCUGGUCACCGCCUGCAGCUCUGCUGGCCUUGAGCCUCUUUAUGGCGGCGUCGGUCUCCUUCCCUUGUCUGUUCGCUCCUUCGCCUCUCUUUGUCCGUUGUCGCCGCCGCCUCGUGGCGCGCGGUUGAACUCUCGGGGCAGUUCACGCGCCUCGCGCUCUGGUGGCUGUGGCGGUUCUUUUCUUCCCCUGUGCAGACUGUAUCGAAGAAAGCUCGGCGCAGCUCCGCUUUCCUCUUGCUGGCUGUGUAAGAAAGCAAGCGGCUUCCUCUUCGUGCUUCAGUGUUUCGCCCAUCUUGGAACGGCUGCCGUUGUGCCCACGCGCUUUCUUUCCGCCUAGUGUUGGCGCCUUCGCUAUUGCAGGCGCUUGCUCACUCUUGGCGAGGUGCUCCGCUGCCUCCUCGCGGGCUUUCUCUGCGUGUGCGUUUUGGUCUCGCCUCUCCGUCCACUUCACCUGGUGCUUGGGCAGCUGUUUGGCCUCUUCUUUGUUCCCCAGCCUUAGCUGUUCACCUUGCCUUCUCUCUUAAAGACAAGAAAGGCGGCAGGCUUUUUGUUCAUUAACUCGACGCCCUUGCCCAUAAAUUAGUCCAAAUUACCUCAAAUUGGUCCAAAUUAGUUCGCUGGUGGUGCUUCGGUUUCUUCUUAUUGGUUCAAUUUGGGGCGAAUUAGCUGGCCCUUUUCUUCUUGGAUUGUUCGCAUUAAUUGGCUUGGCCUUCGCCAAUUAGUUCGAAUCGGUUCGAACUAGCUGACUCAGCUAGUUCAAACUAGUCCGAAUCAGUUGGCUUAAUCAGUCCAAGCUAGUUCGCUCUAACUAGCUGAAAUUAGCUCAAAUUAGUUCGAAUUAGUUAGAGCUGGUUGGAAUUAGUUAAAAUGAGUCGAAAUUAGUUAGAAGUAGUUAGAAUUAGCUAGAAUUCAAUUAGUUCAAAUUAGUUGGAAUUAGUUGAAAAUAAUUCGAGUUAGUUCGAAUUAGUUAGCGCUAGAAAUUAAUCAAAAUUAGUAGAAGUUAGCUGUUAAGAAUUAUAGCGCGAAUUGUCUGAAAUUAGUCGAAAUUAGUUGAGGCCAUAAGCUAACUGGCUGCCUAAUCUGCGGCAGCUUGGGCCAGUUUAUUGGGUGGCCUGGGCUCGCUUGGGCUAAUUGGUGAACUCUUUCGGCAGAGGUCUCGGAACUCCUUGCGUUUGCAAGGCUUCGCGCUUCGCUCUUGGCCGUAGGUCUCCAGCCUUGGCUAUACGCGUCGCUUCUUGUGUGCUCCUUCCGCCCGCAGUGGGCCGCCCUACUGCUGCGCUGUAUCUGGUGACUGUUCCGGGCUCAGCUUGCGCGGGCUUGGAUAUCUGUGCGUGCUUCUUGUCCUUCGGUCUCUUGUCUUCCCAUACUAGCGGAAAUCGUCAACCCGGAGCUUGCUCUUCGCCUUGCGGUGAUCUGUACCGACCUCGUGCCGCUGGCUCUACUACUCGCGCAGCAUUGCAAGCUUCGGCGUUCCUCCUCAUGCUGUUGGAGUAUACUACGUGAUCGACCUCCUACUGGCAGCCCCUUCAUCUCAUUCAUUGUAGGGAAGCAGUAACUUGUUACUUGUGCUUCAGCUUCUCAAUCUCAAGACCACGACAACUUCAACGAAAGCAUAUAAAAUAUUAGAACAAUAAUUACUAUGUCGGAUGAACUAACAAUGAUGAUAAAUACAACAAUAUUAACUUACUAUGUUGACCAUCUUCUUUCUUCGUUUACAUCACACACAUUCACAUUUCAGAUCGUUUAAACGUUUCGUACUUAUUAUGCACAGUGACACUUUUGUUAUCGUAUUAUUGAACAAACAGUGAUAGCAAACUAACCGCAUUAUCAAACAAGCACACAUGACGUGAUGUUAUUCUGUGACACGACCACUACAACGCGUUUCCAAGACUAGGACUAACUACUACGUACCGCAAGCAAUCACAUCUAGCUACCACAUAAAUUUUUUUUUUUUUGAUGACUCAGACACUGACUCGGACAACUCGACCAAGCACUCAGAUUUAAGCAUUGACAGGAGACUCACAGUAGAUCACGUAAGAAAAAUUCACUUGACUUGCGCUUCUAGUAGACUUUCGCAGCGAGAAAACCAUCAACUAUACAACCAUCAAGAAAAUUUCUAUACCAUCAUUAGAAUGGAUGUAUUAUUUCUGGAAGAAGUGGGAAGGGACCUCAUGUAUCCUAUAAUCAAUGAUGUAAAAUGUUUUGAAAUCCGAUUGUAUUUCUUCUAGGCGUGGUCCCUGUCAGUGUCAUCAACUCCAACUGAAUGAAUUUCUAAGAGGACAGUUCCUUGUACCAGUAUGUCCAGCGUCACCAUGAUGUCCAGUUUGUACCUGUACUAGAAGAAAUUGAAAUUCUUUGCUCUCGUAAAAAAAUUGACCAGCCUGUAUUCGAAUAUAUUGAUUGUAAUGCAA